AUGUCUUACGACAAAGCAAUUGGCACCAUUCAAGAAUGGAUCGACAUUACCUACGAAGUCGUCGCCGAUCAUGGUCGAGCCGGAAAAUUCCAAAUCCGAACUGACAAACUUCUUCGAAACGCGCUUCGCAGCUACGAAGUCAACUGCACUGCUCCCUACGACGCUGAGCGUAUCGGGAAGAACGACUUCGCCAUCUGGGAAAAACAAGCUGUCCGAUCUGAAGACCACUGCACUCAGACUGAAACCAUCAAAGCUGGCCUGUACGCCUGGGUUGACAACUACGCCUGCAUGAGCAAGAAAACGAGUCGACAAACGAAACGAGUGACCAAGUUCAUUGGAAAAAUGACCAACCCUUACUGUUAA